AUGGCGUUUGCCACGCUCGGUAUCUGCCAGUUGCAACAAGUCAGAGACUUCAGUGCCGGCCCUACCAAGGUAGGAAUGUAUUCCUACGUUCCAAAGAAUAUCAAGGCUCCGGCACCUAUCAUCGAGGUUUUGCCACUUGCGGACAGACAUGGCAUCACCCUGAUCUUUCCAAACUCAAAAUCCGGUGGUGGCUGCUUUGAUGUCGCUUCGAAGGCUAUCGCGAACAUGGUCAAAUACGCGGUAGACAAGUACGGUGGAGACGCGAACAGAACAUUUGUUAUUGGAACCAGUUCUGGUGCGAUGAUGGCGAAUGUGCUUGCUGGUGUCUACCCAGACGUCUUUAAGGCAGCCUCCGUCUACUCGGGGGUUCCAGACGGAUGCUUCUACAUCCAGGCCAACGCAUGCGUAAAUGGUCAGCUCACUCAGACCGCACAGGCGUGGGGUGACUUGGUGCGGUCGUAUUAUCCGGGCUAUACAGGCCCUCGAACUAGGAUGCAAAUCCGACUCACUACGAAGAAGGACCCCGCCAAUAUACCCCAGAGUGGGUAUACCCAGACCAUCUAUGGAGACGGCACAUCGACGACGGCGCAGAUUGUGGGAUACAGCGCUCAAGGUGUCGGCCACACUGUGCCACAGCACCCGAACUUGGACAUCGCAUUUUUUUGGCAUCGCCACAGAGCGGCGAGUAGCAAGGGAGUAACUAGGGAUGCUUGA